CAUAGGUCUAUCUUGCAUUGAUGAGACCUAACCAGGGGCGGGCUGACCAUUUGGAAACUCGGGCACUGCCUGAGGGCCCAGGGUUGGUAGGGGGCCCCAUGAGAUGCCCCUGGUACCUUUUUCAUAGGCUUUUUUGAGUUUGGGCAAGGACACAGGGGCCCGAUGAUCCCCUAUUGCCCGGGGGCCCCAUGAGUUGUCAGUCCGCCCCUUGACCUAACAUACUACAUUGAGUGGACACAGGGCCCCCAUGAUCCCCUAUUGCCCGGGGGCCCCAUGAGUUGU